UUUGUUUUUCCUGCAGGGACUUGUCUUCUGUUCUUCUUCCCUUUGUUUCUUCUUCUUCUGUUCAUCCUGCCUUCAUCCUUCAGCUGCCAACGUCAGUGGAACGUUUCAAUCUCCUCUGAUAUUUGGGUUAAUCUGAUUAUGGAGAUUUCUUCUGAGACGCGUCCUCGUCAAUGAUAGAUAAGAUGGAGACUCCCUUUUACCACGACGAUUCCCCUGCCAUUCCUGGCUAUGGACAGGUCACUGAGUAUGAGCGUUACCCAGGAAACAAGAUGUUGUUGAGUAAGAAGGCCAUGUCAGUGGUGGGCAGCCAUCACUUUCCUGGCGGUGGUGGUGGUGCAGCAGGAGGGAGAGGUGGGAACCCCAACAACCUGGGGCUUGCUGGCAACAGCACCCUGAUGACAUCAGCUGCAUCCUCAGUGGCAUCCUCGGCAGACAUGAACCUGUUGAAGCUGGCGUCCCCUGACCUGGAGCACCUGAUCAUCCAGUCCAACCAGGGGUUGGUCACCACCAGUCCUGUGUCCAACUCCACCAACCCCUUCAUCUACCGCAGCCAGGCAACCAAUGAGCAAGAAGGAUUCGCUGAUGGCUUUGUCAAAGCACUGGCAGAUCUUCACAAGCAGAACCAGCUGGUGGGAGGUGGUCCCAUGUCCCCGCCCUCGUCCUCCACUGUCUCCCUGCAGACAUCCUACCAGAGGAAUCUUAUGUCCAGCGGUGACAUGCCCAUAUACACCAACCUCAGCAGCUACAACCCUGGUCAGAUGCAAUACUCAGGUGGGCAGUUAGCAUAUGGUGGUGGCUCAGGCCAUGGCAGCGGUGGAGCCCCUCAUUCACACACCCGAGUCCUGGACACUCCUCAGACAGUCCCUGAGGUGCCUCACCCACCGGGCGACCCCAUGUCUCCACCAUCCCUUUCCCCGAUUGACCUGGAGACACAGGAACGAAUCAAAGCUGAACGUAAGAAGCUCCGCAAUCGCAUUGCAGCAUCCAAGUGUCGCAAACGGAAGCUGGAGCGGAUCUCGCGGCUGGAGGAGAAGGUGAAGGUUCUGAAGAGCCAAAACUCAGACCUGGCUUCCACCGCUGCCAUGCUGAGGGAGCAGGUUGCUCAACUCAAACAGAAAGUCAUGAGUCACGUCACCAAUGGCUGCCAAAUUGCUGUUGGGUCAGCUGCCCCCACCAAGUCCAGUGGGGGAGGGGGAUGCAGCGAGGACUCCAGCUGCUGAGGAGGCAGGACAACAGGGGAAUGACUUUCAGAUAAUGAGCAAAGAAGCCAAGGGAUUACUUUCACAAUUUGCGCUUUUUGCUUGUGCUCUUGGUCAAAGCGAGCAGAGAAUGAACUGCUCGGAGUCAGUGAUGCCUCAACAGGACAGAUAGAUGUUUAAUAAGAAUUUAGGUUGGCAGACAGUCCCCGUAAACCACUGUCAAUCAUUCAACCAGAGGAGGUGGAGUUUAGUGAUAAGAGGAAGCAGGAGAAGGGAUGGAUUUCUGACAUGAGCAAAGUUAAAAACUUUAGACAAUUUGGAAUUUUGACAGUGAGUUUGUAAAGAAGAGAUGGUGAUGGAUUCAAUUUAUACAGACUGUUCAGCAGCAGUUUCACACUCACAGGUGUGUGUGUUGAACAAACACAACUCUGAAACACCAGUUGCUGCAAAAAAAAAAAAAAAACUUUGUAGUUUUGCACAAUUUGAACAACUAAUGACAAUAUUCUUUAUUUUCAGAUGUCAUUUCAUCUCAGCAAAUAAACUGUAAUGGAAACAGAGGAAAUUAUUUUCCACCAGUGGUAAAUUGAAUCAGAGUCAAAAUGAUUGCUCCUAAAGCAACUUCAGUUGAUUCAGUCAUCGACAGUAUAUGGGAAGCCAUCGUGUUCUCAUUCUCAGGGUGUCAAAUACUGACAUUUUGUUGAGUACUUUUUACAUCUCAUACUGACGCUAUAGGCCGUCUUUGGUGUCCAUAUAUUGUGACAUGCUCUGGGUUUUCACUGCUUCCAUCUGUACACAAAGUGAAAAUGGUUAGGCACAGAAAAACAAACUAACUAGUUUGUUUUUUUAGUGAAAAAAUUUGGGGCUUAGUGAUUAAAAAACAUUUCCUGGACACAAGCUCCGCUCUCCUGUGGGAAAGUUCCACGUUUUAUUUGAGGCACUAGCCACCUCCUUAUGUGGUCUUUCUCCCUUCAUAUACCACGAUCUUGACCUGGGUGUCAAAACUGAUGCGAGUGGAUGCUAACGGUGCUUGUCAUAUCAUCAGAAUUUGAUGCUCUGGGAAUGAGGAUGGGCUCAAAUGGCUAAUGCUGCAGUUUUUUUUUUUUUGUAAUCUAGUUGCUGUAAUCCCUUUACCUAUAUUUCACUGUGCAUGGAUGAAGAUAAAAAACCCUCAAUGUACUAAAAUUUACAGUUGCCCAGCUGUUUAGCAUUUCAUCUGUCGCUGGCAGAAAUGUUUCUCAGACAUUUUUUCAAUUUCAGUUCUGCCGGCAAGGACAGGUGCGUCUGUUUUCAGUUGAUGUGUACACAAAUGACUUUUAAACUCUGUUUUAACAUCAAAUUUUUAUUCUUUAUACUUUUCAGCAAGUUUCACUUUAAACAGCAGAUUUAGAUUUUUUUUAUACUCAAGGUGUAUUUGACUGGCAGUUGACUAAUUUUCUGCAGCAGAAAAAAAAUAUUUGACUUAAAUGAAAAAUGAAAAAGACUGUUAUUGUGAACGUGAAGUGUUUUAUAUCUUCUUUAUUCUAAUUUUAUAACAAUACUGUGUAAACAUGAUAAACCUGUUGAAUAAUAUCCUGAAUAGUAAUGUUAAUAUUAAUCUCCCUGUUAUUCCAUUUCUGCAAUGUAAAAAAAUCUGUUCACAUAAGUGGAUUCAUUUGGUUUGUUUCUUUGCAGGUUGCACAGAAGCCCAUUUCUGGCAGGAAAACAGAAACAUACAUGAAGCUUCAGAAAUAAUGAAAAUUAAUUUCAUGUGAAGUCACACUUCUGACUUUGUAUCAUUAUUUUACUUAGCAGUUAUUGUGACUUUAGGAAGUCAUAUUCUUGCCUAGUUUCUUUUUCUCAUUCUUAGUGUUUCAUCUUUUUUACCUCUUAGUAAUGAAGGACUUUCACGUUUCUAACAGGAAGACAAAUUCAUCUGCUGCUUGUUUUGUUGCACAGAAAAUCAUUUUAAGGAAGACUGAGGCUGACUGCAAAAAAGUUAUUGUAGUUGGCUAUAAAAUGUGUUUCUUCUGCUUUAGGAAGAACAAGCCUUCAAGACCAAGAUUUAACUUGAAUUACUUGAUGAAUUGAAUAAAUUUUAUCAUGUAAAAAACCCCACCUGGAAACAAAGAGUGUGAUCUUGAAUGCACACUACCAGUCAAAAGUUUGGACAUACUUUGCCAUUCAGUUCAGUGGUAAAGUGUGUCCAAACCUUUGACUGGUAGUGUGCUUCAAAAUGUAUAUCAGGGAAAACUCUCACAGAGCUGCAGGCAAAAAAAUAAUACACCCUGGGUUGUAUAUAUUUAUUUGAAAAUAAUGUUCAUUGAGCUAAAUAUUCUUAAAGGGUUUCCUGAAGGGUUUCUGACAUCCUUGACAGGUUUCCUAAGGUUCUUGAGGAGGCUCCAGGGAUCCUUGAGGGCAGGUUGUAGAGGUUCGUAAGGAGGUUUCUUGAAGGGGUUCCUAAUGUCCCGGAGAAGAGAAGAAGGGCCUUGUUGUUUAACUAUCAAACUUAGCUUUGUUUCAGGUGUCCACAUGUACAGUAUAAUUUGAGCAGACACCUGACAGACCAUUAGAAACCAGAAGUCUGUUGUCAUGGUAUUGACACACUGUGUGUUGUAUUUGAGUGUGCAUUACUGUUUGAUAACUGUACACUUGAUUUUGGAUUUUCUUACUGAAGUUAUUUGUGUGACUACACCUUAGAUGUCAGUGGUGGAAAAAAUUACAGCUUGGGUCUGUGAUAGCUACAGAACAGUAUAUGAUUUACUCACCAGACAGACUUUAAGGUAAAUAUGGUGUUGUUCAUGCAAUGUGUUGAUGGAUACCUGUCUCACACAUUUUCAGCCAUGAAGCUAAUGCUCUCUUUCUAUUUUUGGAUUCUGCUUUGCACUGACUUUACUGUUCAGUCAGCAUGUUUGUUAUGUUACAAUUUUAACAUUUCAGCUGUCAGAUAGAAAAACAUGUAACUGCAGACAGUGAAAUAAGAAACAAGAUGUUUUGUGAAUAAUAAAAAAUAUCAAAAACAUUACAAUAGAGAACAUGAGCAUUCAAGGAUUAAAAGAAGAGUCAGUUACAUGUUUUCUGUCUGACAAUAAACAUGAGACUUUCAAAAAUACAACUGGUGAGUGUCAAGAAAAUAUUUAUUUUUCUUUUUACUUUUUGUACUUGAAGGAGGCUUUUGACAACUGUAAUGAUUCUAUUUUUGUAGAAAUGUAUAAAAGUUGCUAUUAAUAUACUGAAUUGUGUGUACAAUCUGCUAUUAUCAAACCUUUUGUCUCUAUUUAUCAUAAAUACAUGUGGUUCAGCAAAUGUUUCCUUCACACUGUUCUGCUAUGUUGAGAUGUCUGUGUUAAUAUAUCAGUGAUGAAAUAUUCACCUGCUACUUGUUUGCCUUUUGUUAAUUCACAGUUAUGAGGUAUCUACUUGAGUGGAGCCACAGUUUGUAAUGAGGGUUCGUCUCCCUACUCCUUAAUCAGACAGGACAAACUGAUUUUAGCUUGGUGUCAGAAAAAUCACAUAAAGGUUAUAAAAUCAGUCAGAAUGUAAAUUCAGUGCUGUCAAGUAAAACAGAUAUUGUCUUCAUAUUGGGAAAUUUGGGGAUUAGCUAGCUGGCUAGCUAGAUAGACUGAUACUGAGGGAAAUUCAGGUAUCCAGUA